AUGGAUGAUGUGAAGAUAUUCGUCCAUAGAGACUCCUACCUAAGCAGCGCUUUCAGUGAGUUUGGUGAUAUCGUCGGCAUGCGAAUUAAAAACGGACGGAAUAUGUGUCUGACGGAGGCGGAUUCCGGGGAGGUGAAUUUGGAGGAGUGUGACGAUUCAGAUUACAACCAAUUUUGGACCUGGACCAAGUACAAGCCGAACGCGUUUUGGAUGGAUCGGGUCACAAAGUAA